GACAACGUCUGUGUACACACACGAAGCGAACAAGCACAAAAAGCCGACAAAACGCUUUACGAGACGGUGUUUCAAGAGUGUAUUAGUGUAUUCUCUGUGUGUGUGUGUUGAAGUGCGUAAGCAACAAAGACCGGUAACAACAAAGACAGGAAGCAUCGACAAGGAAGUCGAAGGAAGUGCAACGAUGACCACACCUCACGUCUGCUUUGCGGACGAACUGCAGCCGGAGGAGCGCAAUGGCAAUGCCAAUCACAGCAACAACAACAACAGCAGCACCAACUCGACAACAACCAAGAAAUGGCUGCUCGAAUUGGAGCCAAGUUCGAAUUCAGGCAGAUCAACGCAUUCGCCUUGCAGCAGCCAGAGCAUCUCGCCAACGCCACGCUAUGAACGUAACAUGGGCUUCUUUCAGCAACUGAGCCGACGCUUUGGCCUCCGGUCAAUCGAUGACCUAGUUCAGGGCAGCGGCAGCGGCAGCGAUGACGCAGCAGCCACCGCCAGCAACGUCAGUUGCAGCGCCGCCCACGAGGAGGAUGCAAACAGUUCAUCGACCGACUCGUACUCAUCGUCGAUGGCAGCGGGACGAACGAUGGCGCGCAUCGAUGGUGUGAUGUCGUGUGCCUCGAGCGAAACCAGCAGCACCAUUGACAUCGAGGAGCAGCAGCAGUUGCAACUACAACAACAGCAACAGCAGCCAGCUAAAUCGAAACGCAAAUCGAUGAGCCGCACGAGCUUCUCACGAUUGCAUCGCCGGUCGACGUCGUCGUUGCGGCGCGCCUUUGAGAGCCUCUCGCUGACAUCACGUUCGCUCUCCUGCAGCGGCCCCUCGCCACCGCCACAGCCAUCACAGCAGCACCAGCAGCAGCAACCAUCCAGCACGACAGCAUUGCCAUUGAAGUCGGCGUUGAAAUCGGCAUCAACCGUGGAGCUGCAUCAACGACAUCAACCGCAUCACCAUCGAUUGGCCUCCAAAUCGGUGAGCAGUUCCAGCGCCUGCUCCACAGCCUCAUCGACGACCUCCAACACAGCAACAGCAACAGCAACGGCAACUGCAACGAGCACAAAGAGCAAAUCGAAGCCGCCGCCACAGCGCAUUCUGCGUCAGCCCGUCUCCUACACAUAUCUAAAGGGCAUGUCCGGCCUUCCCACACAGCGAGUGCCUCGCAGUUCGGUUUGUUGUCAGUACGCUCGUCGCUAGAUUCGCCUCCCCUUCCCCUUCGAUAAGUAGCCGCAGUUUGAUAUAUAGUUCAGCUAGAUAAUAUAGAGAUAGCUUUUGCCAAACCCAAAAAAAAAAACCCUCCCCCCCAUUUACAUCACAUUAUUCAUUUCGAAA